AUGGCGAAGUUAGACAGUCUACCCUCAGAGAUAAUUCUCCAGAUUGCGAGACUCCUUGAACCUCCAGACAUUGUUACCUUGCAACAUACUAACCGGCGAUUCCUCAGCCUUGGUCGAGAUGAUGCCCUAUGGCGCGAAAUGUGCUUCAAGAACUCUACUUUUCUUUCGAAUCUACGGCGUCGGCGAAAGCUUCUGUCCUCUGACGAUGAACAAGAUCCUCGAUUCCGGGACCUGGCAAGGGCUCUGGCAACUGGCAAUGGGCUUGGUGACUCGAGACUUGCUCAACCUCGAGAGGAGGCCCGCGAUCUGAAGGAGCAAUCGAAUGAACGCAUAAGGAUACUGGCAAACUGGGAUCCCAGCUACCCCCAAGAGAAAGUCUCAUGGUAUGACGAGUAUAUUGCAAGGAACGCUCCGAUAUCCACAAGCUGGAUACAGCAACCUCGAAAUCGGGAUAGCAAUGAGCACGAACACCUGGAGGUUCGCGGUAUGGGAAUAUAUACUCCUGCAGGAGAUGAUAAUGCUACUAUGGUUGUGGCACCCCUAGACGAUGGCAGCGUCUGUUUAUGGUCUCUAAAUGGCGAACUUGGUGACAUAGGCCGCAUUGUAGCCAGGAGCAAGUCAGGAUUGAUAUCGGUUGACCCUGUACCACACACCGAUGGCAGGCGCUCGAAGAUGAUCAGCACCGGGGUCACUGAGUGUGUCAGUGUUGACAGUGCUGGGAAACGUGCAUACUUUGCUGUUCAAAGCGGUCUAGUUGAGGUCGACUUGGAAACACUUGCUGUUAUUAGCCAUGAGAGGUUCCCAUUCUCCAUUACGGCGUUAUCCGAAGCAAAAAAUCCUGUGCCACUUACCGUUGGGACCAAUCUAUCUCUUUAUCUCCACGACCCUCGUACCAGAAGAUUAUCAGGACCUGCAGAUGCUGGCUCCGAUCGCAUCGCCUCGUACGACACAGAAUUCGGAUCUCUAGGAAGUCAGAGGGCGAAAAGUCUCGACUUCAGAUCGUUACUGAAUCCAGAACCAAGUCCAUUAUAUGCUCACCUUCACCAUCCGGGUCCGUUGAGCAUACUUCAUCUACCUAGUUCUGGGAGCGGUUGGGAUGGGAACGGAGAUAUCUACGUGGCGGGCAGAUUCCCGAGUAUUCUCAAUUACGACCGCCGAUAUUUCCCUAAGCUACGUGGAACAAUCCACUCUGGUGCUAGGUUAUGCAGCAUGGCUUCGCUUCCUUAUCCCUUCGCUUCCAUGGAGAAGGAUUUAGCGAGACGUGGUGAGCUUUCAACCGACCAGGUUCGGGAGUUCAAAAACCGCCCUGGAAAGACAUUGAUGGCCGUUGGAGAAUAUAACAGUAAGGGCUCUCUUGAAAUGUACGGACUCUCCCCAUCGCCCUCCCAUUCAACGAUAUCAUCGGAUUCUGCGUAUAUCCAGAAUUCAGUCAUGAAAAAUCGACAGACAUCAUCAAGCUCGAAGUUGUUAUCAGUAUCGAAUCAUGGGACGAGAAUUGUCGUGUCAGAUGGGGGCGGUAAUCUGAAAUGGCUUGAGCGUGACGGCUUUACGGAAGCUCGAAGAUGGAAUAUCGCUCAUGGCUCCGUUGAAGCUCCCAGAGGUAUUUUUGGCACUCUUGGUGAUUCCUACAUGGAUGGCGGUUCUGGUGACAUCGUUAUAAAACUUGCCAAUACAAGAAAUGGACCCGACAAGAAUGUCAAUGAAGAUGAUCUCGUCUUGUGGACGGGUGAAAAGAUAGGACUGCUGAGCUUCUCCAGCACACCUGGUUUCACAGCUGACAGGUUUGAGGACACUGGGAGAAAGACGCCGGAAGAGAUUCACAGGGAGAUACAGGAGAGAACAUACUCGGAAACAAUGGGGCGUGCCUUAGAAGCAAAUGCAAACGAGGUUAGAUGGAUGAGGGGUUUGGGACUUGGUCCUUCUUGA